AUGUCGCGACACCCGCGCGAACCAUCAAUCGUGAUGGUUUUUAAGCCAUUUAAGCCUCCUUCGAUGAGGAAGCCCCUUCAGCCUACUGUUUCGAGACCAGCUGUGCCAACUGAAACUUCCGAGGCUGACGGCCCUCCAGCUAAGAAGCCGCGUUUACAGCCAGAAUAUCCGGCAGAUGUUGAGAACACCACUCCGGCCUCUGAACGACCGGUAAAGCCUGUAACUCAACCCAGGAAGGAUGUGGAACCCUCAGCGGAAUCAGGAAGCCCUGGUGAUGUCUCUGGAAAUAGGUAUUUCAAUGUCCUAUGGCGCAAAGUCACUACGAAGAAAAAUAAGACGUGGGACGGCGACGGGGUCCUGACGAUACGCGAAGGCUACGCCUACUUGCAGGAUGUUUCCGGAAGAGACAUGGGACGGGUGAUGUAUGGCUCCCGCCUCGAACCUGGUGUAAUGCUAUCGAUCGGAGGCAAAGAAGUGGAGAUAGAUUCGGAAAUGUCAAAGAAAGAGUACUUGUCUGGUCGUCAGUAUCUGCAAACGAAGAAAGUUCCACCUCCGACAACACCACCUACCAAAGCGUUCGUUCCUGUUCGAAGCAGUACUGGUACUUCUGCUUUGACGACUGUUGCUAAGAGUCAACCUGCAAAGCCUAAUGUACCAACGCUCGCCAACCCUGCUUCGAGGAAAGGAACAGUCACUGGCACGUACAAAAGGCCGUUGUUGGACAGCACUGUUUUGCCACCCACGCCGUUGGAGAAGCCCGUUCCACGCCAUGAUCCUAGUCAGCCUGGAGCGCUGGUCAUGAAGCGACCGGAUUCGGUGCCAAAGGGGAAACAGAUUGUUGAUGUUGUUGUUGAUCCGUUUCUGGCUAAACAUUUGCGACCUCAUCAACGCGAGGGUGUUCAGUUCUUGUAUGAAUGUGUUAUGGGAAUGAGGUCCUUCAACGGUGAAGGGGCUAUUCUAGCAGAUGACAUGGGAUUGGGCAAGACCUUGCAAACCAUAACCCUCUUGUGGACUCUUCUGAAACAGAACCCAGUAUACGAUAGUCCCCCGGUUGUUAAGAAAGCUCUUAUUGUUUGUCCGGUCACUCUAAUCAAUAAUUGGAGGAAGGAAUUUCGCAAGUGGCUUGGAAAUGAACGAAUUGGAGUUUUUGUCUUCGAUGAUAAGAGGAAACGACUCACUGAUUUUACGAGAGGAAGGGCUUACAGUGUGAUGAUUGUGGGAUAUGAGAAGCUUAGAUCGGUGCAAGAAGGUAUAGCCAACAGCAACGGGGUCGACAUCAUUGUUGCCGAUGAAGGUCACAGACUGAAGACGCUUCAGAACAAGAGUGGCCAAGCUAUCCAGUCCCUGAAUGCGACAAAGCGGAUCAUUUUAUCCGGUACACCCAUUCAGAACGAUUUGAAGGAGUUCUUUGCCGCGGUAGAUCUUGUAAAUCCCGGCGUCUUGGGAACUUUCAAGUCGUUUGUUAGGGAAUUCGAGGGUCCGAUCGUCAAGAGCCGGCAGCCCGAGGCGACUAGAAAGGACAUAGAGAAGGGAGAGGCGAGGAAUGAGGAGCUACGAGAGCUUACCUCCAAAUUCAUGCUGCGAAGAACAGCCGAUAUACUGGCUAAAUAUCUCCCUCCGAAGACAGAGUAUGUGCUAUUUUGCAAGGCGACGCGCACGCAAGCGACCAUAUACCAGAACGUCCUCGCCUCCCCAGUUUUUCAAAGCGCCCUCGGAAACUCGGAGAGUGCUCUCCAACUUAUUACUAUCCUCAAAAAGCUCUGCAAUAGUCCAUCUCUGCUUACGCCCAGAGACGUGAAUGAGAAGCCCAGCGAGACCAUCGCCGCUCUCUUAUCUUCUUUACCACCGAACCUCCUGCGCCACUUCACCCCUUCAUCAAGUGCCAAACUCCGUGUCCUGGAUCAGCUACUCGAUGGUCUACGCACAAAGACCUCGGAGAAAAUAGUCCUUGUCUCCAACUACACUUCUACCUUGAACCUACUAGCAAACCUACUUACAUCUCUCUCCCUCCCCUUUCUCCGCCUGGAUGGCUCCACCCCCGCACAGAAACGACAAUUACUAGUGGAGGACUUCAACCGCCUCCCACCGAAUCUCUGCUUCGCCUUCCUCCUGUCCGCAAAAGCUGGAGGUACCGGGCUCAACCUCAUAGGUGCCAGCCGACUCGUCUUGUUCGAUGUGGACUGGAAUCCCGCCACUGAUAUCCAAGCCAUGGCACGUAUUCAUCGUGAUGGCCAGAAGCGCCACUGCCGAAUAUACCGCAUCCUCCUCAAGGGCAGCCUCGAAGAGAAGAUCUGGCAGCGUCAAGUAACCAAAAUUGGGCUCGCCGACAGCGUCAUGGAGAAGAGGGACAGCGUGGCCCAGUUUUCGCGGGACGAGCUCAAAGACCUGUUCCGCCUGGACGAAGAAAGCAAGUGCCAAACACAUGAACUAUUAGGCUGUGACUGUGGCGGUAAUGGGCAAAUUGUCUCACCAACAACGACUGAGAACGAGGACGAGGAAGACGACAACUCAUCCCCAAGCUCCCUCGAAGACUUUCCCGAUCUACCUACCCUCAUCAAAGCCUCUCAAGUAGACAUGGAGAAGCAAGAGCGUCUAAUCCGAUCCAGAUUCAGAUCCCGACCCACAACUCGCAGGUCGAGGGCCGGGGGGACCAAAAAUGAGGAUGACGAUGAAGACGAAGCUGAAGACGACAACAACAUCGAACCCACGAACCAACAAAAGAACCGAAUCCAGCAAUCCCUAUCACAAUACUGUCACAUCGACCCCGUCCAUCUCACUGCCACGGUUACAGAUACCGCCGAACAAGUCGAAUCAACCAUCGACGACGAUGUGCUUCUUUCUUUGCUCAAAGACGAGGACAGUAAUAGAAUCGGAUAUGUCUUUAAAAAGGCGAGCAUAGCAGCAGCAGAGCCUGAGCCUGAGCCUGAGCCUAAGACGAAAGAAGAUGGCAAGGACGGGUCUUUGGCGUCUUCUUCGGUUGUGGUUAUUCCGGAUUCGGAUUGAAUCAUAUAUCGACUUCCUAC